AUGUCAACCUUGACGAGCUGGAAAUGCCAGGCUAUCUGGGAUGGUGUUGACUUUACGCCAUGCGUAAGGCAGCGCUAUCUCGCCAACGCCGGUCUCGCCCUGAUACCCCUGUCGCUCCUCAUCCUGCUCAUCUCCCGAUUAUCUCGCUCAUCGAGAUAUCGAUCGCCUCUAUCCCCGUCCCGCCUCACCUCGCCAAUAGGUGAUCUGAACCUCAUCAGCUUAGAGUCGGAUACUAUACUAUCGGCUCUAGCGGCGAAUGUGCUGCCAGCACCGCGGGAAGGGGAGGUCGAGGCUAAGCUGGGGGGAAAGGAGGCUGCGGAGGUCAUUGAGGACUUUAGCAAGGAGGAGGGACCGUCUGUGAGGCGAUGGAGGAGAGUCAGGUGGGCGGCGGGUGUGACUGGUGCGCUGGUGUGGCUGGGGACUGUGGCAUGGGGAUGUGCGGUACAGGGUGAUUGGAAGCGGAUCGCAUUCCCAAUAUACGUCGCCCUGUUCUCACUUAUGCCUCGACCUACCAUCGCGCCCCUCCUCAUCAUCCAUCUCAUCCCGACUCUCCUGCUACUGCGGAGCAACGUCCUGCAGAGCGCACACCCAGCAUUGGCAGAUAUCCUUCCGACUGUCGUCGAGGUGGUGUACUGGCUUAUGCUCAUGAGCUUGCCGUAUGCGUCAAGAAUGCAGGGACUGCUAUCGGCGGGGAGAUCAAGAGGAGGAGGUAGUCUGGGCAGCUACGGGACAGACCUUCCACAUCACAUCGAGGAACCAACUUCCGCUUUCUCUCGCGCGACCUACGUCUUCAUGCUGCCUUUCCUGGUGCGACACUACAAAGAGACGGUUACUCUAGGCGAUAUUCCCGCACUGAGGGAGGACGACGCAGCGGUAUCCGCAUUGGCUGCGUUCCGGGCGGAUCAGGCGUGGUACGACGCGCAAUGGGCAAAGAAGCAUCUGGGAGAAGAGAGGAAGCGAGAUCUGGGCUGGAACCUGUUCAGGUUCUUCAUCCCAGAUAUUGCCGCGCAAAGCAUGUGGGCUCUGAUCUUUGUCUGCCUUCAGUACCUCCCACCUACCGGACUUCGGCUCUUGCUGCAGUUUGUCAGCGAACGAGAGACGUCCAACACCCCUGCCCAUAUCGCUUAUCUCUACGUCGCCAUGAUGGCCGGCGGUCAGUGCCUCGGUAUCAUUGUCAUGGGUCAGUCGCUCUUCCUGGGGCGGCGGCUGUGCAUUCGGAUCCGGGCCAUCAUCAUCACCGAGGUCUUUGCCAAGGCCCUUCGCCGUCGUGACACUGCUGGGUCGACCAAGGCUAGUCCUACCGGAACGGAUGACCAAGCGGCAACCGGUUCCAGCGAUGGCCGUAUCGCAAAUCUCGUCUCCAACGACGCAUUCAACAUCUCGGAAAUCUGCGCCUACAUCCACUAUCUCUUCUCAUGCCCCACCGCUAUCAUCAUCAACGCCAUCCUCCUUUACAACACCCUCGGUCUCGCCGCCAUCGCCGGCAUCGUCGUCCUCCUCAUCUUCCUACCCAUCGGCGGCUACGUCGGGCGAGUCUACUCCGAGAUUCAGCGGACCUUCAUGGGCGCCACGGACGCUCGGCUUGAGGCGGUCACCGAGGUCAUUAGCCAUGUCAAGUUGAUCAAGUUCAACGCAUGGGAGGGCAAGUUCUUUGAUCGGAUGAUGAUCACCCGGAACAAGGAGCUGGCGGUCUUGGCAAAGCGAUUCGCUAUCGCCGUGCUCUUCCAGGUGCUCGUCUGGGGAACGCCAGUCAUUGUUACCGCUUCGGCGUUUGCGGUGCACACUAUGGUCCUCGACCAACCCCUCACUGCCGACCGGGCCUUUGCCAGUCUCAUCCUCUUCAACCUCCUCCGCGACCCUCUCGCUCUCAUCCAAGACACCGUCACUCGGCUACUCCAGGCGUACACGUCGUGUAACCGGAUCCAGGCGUACCUCGACGAGCCUGAUACACUCAAGUAUCAGCAGCUCUCGCGCCCUGGGCCUGGCGACCCCGCUGUCGGCUUCUCGAACGCCGUACUCGGAUACAGCUCGGACAAUGACAAGCCCGAGUCGAACGCUUUCCAGCUCGGUCCGCUCAACCUAUCCUUCCCUCCGUCCACCCUCAGCAUCGUUGUCGGGCCAGUCGGAUGCGGAAAGACCACCCUUAUCACUUCUCUUCUGGGCGAGACGGAUCUCAUCGGCGGACGGAUCUUCAUGCCUGACGAUCGGGCCAAUCGCGACAUUUGCCCAAAAGACCCCAAGACCGGCUUGACGGAUACCGUCGCGUACUGCUCGCAAACACCAUGGCUGAUCGGGGCGUCGAUCAAGGAGAAUAUCCUCUUUGGGUCGGUCUUCAAGCGGGCUCGGUACGACGAGGUUAUCCGCGCUUGUGCACUGGAGCGGGAUCUGGAGAUCUUUGAGCUCGGAGACGAGACUGAGGUCGGAGAGAAGGGAACGACCUGCUCGGGCGGCCAGAAGGCCCGCAUAACCCUUGCUCGCGCCGUUUACUCGUCCGCCAAGACGGUCAUCCUAGAUGAUAUUCUCUCGGCCGUUGACGCUCAGACCGCCCGUCAUCUUUACAACCAGGUCUUACAAGGCAAACUGAUGGCGGGUCGGACGGUCAUUAUGGUCACACACGCGGUAUCGCUCGUCGCCCCUGCGGCCGGCUACGUGGUCAUGCUGGAAGACGGGCGGGUGACCGCGGCGGGACCACCAGCGAAACUCCUGGCGGAUGGUGUACUGGAGAUGACGGAGGAAAUGGAGACCCAACAAAGCUCUGCAUCGGCGUCGAUCGCCGAAACGCCAUUCGCGGCGGUCAUGGACGGGACUACGGGGAUGCUCGGCGAGCCGACCGAUGUGAUCGAGACGCAGCUGGACGGGGUGGAGGGAGACGCACUCGACACUCAAAAAGCGGUCCUGGCGGUCAAAGCGCACGAGAGCGCUCAACAGUCGGCGGAAGAACGGUCCAAGAAGAAGCUGGUCGAAAGCGAGUCCCAAGCGUCCGGCGCGGUCGGUCUCGCCACGUACACCUUGUACUGGUCAUCCAUGGGCAAACUACCAUUUUGGUUUAUCCUCUUUACAGCCCUGAUCGGCGCGCAGGUCGUCCAGGUGGCGACCAACGCGUGGAUCAAGGAAUGGGCGAAUGCGACGUCCGAGAAGGCUUUGGCUGCUGCAGGUCUACGCGGCUGGGCAAGUCAAGGUCACUCGACAUUGUACUAUCUCGGGAUCUACGUCGCUCUGUCGGGGGCGUAUAUCCUGGCUAUCGCUGCAAGGGUGGGGAUCAACUACUUUGGGAGUCUGAGGGCGAGCCGGAGCUUGUACGACAGGCUCUUGAAGCGGAUUCUUGGCGCAAAGAUGAGGUUCUUUGAUGCUACUCCCUCUGGGCGGAUCACCAACCGGCUCAGCAAGGACAUGUACUCUAUCGAUACUGAGGCCGGCGAGAUCUUAAUGUACUUUGUCAACUCCAUCCUGUCGGUCCUGGCUGUUCUAGCAGUUGUACUAUGGUCUACUCCUGUCUUCGCUAUCGCUCUCAUCUUCAUUGUCGUCCUUUAUUGUAUCGUCGGGACACUGUACAUCACCACCAGCCGAGAGAUCAAACGUUUUGACAGCGUGACCCGAUCCCCCAUCUUCAUCAGCUUCUCUGAGGUACUGGUCGGCAUGUCGACAAUCAGGUCAUACGGCGACAGCGCACGCUUCAUGCGGAAGCUCUUCCACGAGAUGGAUCAGAACUCACGGUGCUUCUGGUACCUGUGGCAAUGUAACCGAGUCCUCCACAACUUCUCCAACUUUAUCGGCUCGCUCGUCACGGUCUUCGCUGCGAUCUUUGCUCUGCGCUCCCCCGGGAUGGACGCUGGAGCUAUUGGUCUGACCAUGACCUAUGCUUUAUCGUUCACCGAUUUUGUGCUCUGGAUCGUGCGGAUGUAUGCCUCGGCCGAGAUGACGAUGAACAGCGUUGAGCGCGUCGGCGAGUAUCUGGAUCUCGAGGUCGAAGAAGAGAAGGGCAAGGCUGGAAUCGACCCACCAGCGUACUGGCCUACUCGCGAUGGGAGCGUCGUCGUGUCAAACCUCACCUGUCGAUACGCGCCUCAGCUCGACCCUGUUCUCCGGGACGUCAGCUUUGAGAUCGGCCCGAGGGAGAAGAUCGGAAUUUGUGGCCGGACAGGAAGUGGGAAGAGCACUCUUGCGCUGUCCUUCUUCCGAUUUUUGCAUCAAGAGUCCGGGUCUAUUGUCAUUGACGGGCUGGACAUCAAGAAGCUCAGUCUUGCAGCUUUGCGUUCCAGGUUGACUAUCCUGCCUCAAGAAGCCCAGCUAUUCUCGGGUACCAUCCGGGACAAUCUCGACCCCUUCGCGGAGCACGAGGAUGCCGACGUGUGGGACGCCCUGCAGAAGUGCGGCCUGUCCACCACCGGCAAGACCCCUUCUGGCUCUCGCGCGCCUACGAGGCAGGCGAGCCGGAGCGGGUCCAAGGUGGAUCUUACGGCUUCGAGAGGAAAGGAGGUGGAUUUGCGGAUGGCCGUCGGGAAGAGUCUGGUCAAGGGGACGGUGGAUGCUAUUGGCGGAGAUGAGGCCGACGACGAAGAGGUGGAGGAGCGGGUGACGAUCAGGAGUCUUGAUGAGAAGGUGGCUGUGGGAGGCAAGAACUUCAGUCAAGGACAACGUCAGCUCUUGGCCCUCGCUCGCGGCCUGCUCAAGCUCCGACACUCGUCGUUCUUGAUCAUGGACGAAUCUACCGCCAAUCUCGACCACGCGACCGAUCAGACCAUCCAGAAUGUCCUUCGCACGGGUCUAGCAGACACCCAGAUGCUGGUCAUCGCCCAUCGUCUCAUGACGGUAUGCGGUCUUGACAAGAUUCUUGUGCUUGACCAUGGCAAGGUGGUCGAAUUUGGAACCCCAUGGGAUCUUAUACAGGCCAAGGGGCCAUUCCGGGAGUUGGUCAAGCAGAGUGGAGAGGAGAAUACGUUGAUAGAGCUAGCACGGUCUGUCCAUGAGGAGAAGACACGGGCAUAG